AUGUCUUAUGUUGAAAUCAAAGGUGCACGAAUAGGACUUUUUUGUUAUUUUCGAGGAGGAAACAAUAGUAGACCUUUCGACGUAAUUAUAGGAAAGGAUAAUUAUAUUUCUGAAUUUAAGAAGAAACCUAAAUUUCCAGUUCCAAGUAAUCGAAUUAAAGAUAUUAAUAAUCUUAGAGAAUAUGAAACCACUUAUUCACGUUAUAGUAGUAACCCCGUAACUGCCGCUCGUCAAAAUAUUUCCGUAGAGAAACUUACAAAUACAUUUGAGAACAUGAACAUAUCGGGUAGUCCUGGCAAUUCGAGCGUGUCACCUCCUUUUCUUUCAGAAUUUUUGAAAGUUUUUAUGAAAAACUUUGUUCUUAACCAGAAUCAGCAUGAGUCAGGCUCUAAAACGCGUACAAGAUCUUAUAAAAGCAUCGCUUUUGAGAGGGUUGAUCAGGAAUACUAUCUAAGUAGGACAAACUCUUAUCUAGAUGAUUCUCAAGAAAUGGCUCA